UCUUCUUCCUCAAUCUCUCCCCCUUUUCCUCAUUCCAAAUUUCCAAACAUCCCAAAAAACCAUCACCACCAUGAUGACCUCUCUCCUAUAUUGGACUCUCUCUCUCCUCUACUUUCUCUCUCUAGAACCCCACCUCUUUCUCUCCUCCUCCACCUCCAUCCACGACCUCCUCCGCUCCAAGGGCUUGCCGGCCGGCCUCCUCCCGAAGGACGUCAAGUCCUACACGCUCUCCGACGACGGCCAGCUGGAGGUCUUCCUCGACGGGCCUUGCCUCACCAAGUUCGAGAACAGGGUCUUCUACGACGCCGUCUUGAGGGCCAACCUCAGCUACGGCAGCCUAAACGGCGUCGUUGGGCUCACCCAGGAGGAGCUCUUCUUGUGGCUCCCGGUCAAAGACAUCAUCGUUGACGACCCCGCCUCCGGCGUUAUUCUCUUUGACAUUGUCGUCGCUCACAAACAGCUUUCUCUCUCUCUCUUUGAAGAUCCCCCAGAUUGCAAACCAAAAGGUGUGUCGAAGAAUCAUGUGAGGAAAGACAGAGGAUUUGAGGCUUUGAGAUAAAUAAAAUAAAAUAAAAAUAAAAUGCCGACCUUGUUUCAAAUUUUUGUCUUUUCUCUCUAUAAUGUAAUAUUUUACAACCUAAUUAUAGUUAUAAAACUAGGUGAGUUUUUCCCUUUUUUCUUCUUCUUCUUUUUUUUCUUUUUAGGGGGUUAGUGGGAGAUGGUAAAGAUGUGAUAUCUUGGAAUCAACAAGUACUAAUCAAUUUAGAGGUUCUAAUCUUCUACCUUUUCUUCAUGUUUUUAA